GCCAACUGUAGUGAGCUCACUUGUCUGGAGAGCCUCGAUAAAACAGGAUGUUUUUGUCUUGUCUCCAGACUUCCCGAGGCUCAGACCUCAGGAGACCUAACAGAAGAGGCUUUGGCAACUUUUGGAAAUCAUUAGUCUCACAUCGUCCUGGACGCCUGUGGACAUUUUCACUGAAUCGAAAGAAAUUGGAAGUGCGUGGCUGUUUGGAAAUACUGAUGGAGGAUGCACGUACGAGCAUGGUGAAUGACCUAGUGCCUUCUGUGCUUCGUGGGGACACCUGGUUCGUCCACAGAUUUUUCCAAAGCUACCGAUCAGUUGGCACCACACAGCAGGUGCUGGAGCUUCUGCUGAAAAGAUGUGAUAAACUCAUGAAGUCCUGCCGACAUAGCCACAUCCUGGCCUGCUUUGGCAAAGGAGGUGAACGCCAAAGACAGCUAAGAAAUGCCAUCUCCACCAUACUGGGCACCUGGUUGGACACCUAUCAGCAGCACUUCCAUGAUCCUCCAAACUUCCCUUGCCUGAAGCAGCUGGUGCAAUUUGUGCAGCUGCACUUCCCUGGCUCGGACCUGGAGAACCGUGCCCAAUUUCUCCUAGCACAGCUGCAGAAGCCAAUUUCCUCAGAGGCUGAUUCAGAGAGUGAGGAAGACUGGGAGAAGAAGUCAGUUGUGUCACAGACUCUGGAGAUGGAGUCAAACCCAGUGCCACCGGCAUCAUUAGAGCCACUGAAGUCUUCAUCUGUGGCCACAGCUAACAAGAUCAAGGAGCAGAUGGCCCAAGUGGGGCCUCUUUACAACCAGCAAGUCGGUGACUCCUGCAUCAUCAGGGUCAGCAUAGAGGAGGCCAAAGGAAACAUGUACAAAAGUAUUCUGGUGACCUGCAAUGAUCGGACUUCCAACAUCAUCCAGAAGGCUAUGGAGAAGCACUUGAUUGAAGAUGACCCCAAAUAUUAUGAGCUCCUGCAGAUUGUUUCUGACAGAGAGAUAUUCAAGAUCCCUGAAGGCAGCAAUGUCUUCUACGCCAUGAAGUCCAAAGGCCUGUAUAACUUCAUCCUGAAACAGCAGACCUUCCUCAGCUGGCUGGAUGUCAGUCAGGGCACCUUGCCCAUCCUCCAUAGCUGGAAGAAAGGAUAUUGA